UUUUUUUUGACCCUAUAGAUCCAAGAGAAGCUGCAUUUAUCCAUUAGAGGACAGAUGGCACUGAAUGGCGCGCCACUUGGGAUGCCAAGUGGACCCCCCGUGGCGCUUAUCCGUUAUGUUUAGUUGAAAAAGAAGUAAGAGUGUAUUAUAUGCAGGGAACCAAAUGUGAAUGAGAGGAAACUGCAGAGAAAUUUUUCUUCAAAUUAUCUUUGAUUUUAAAAGGAAAAGAGAGAAAAAGAAGAGAAAAUUAUUACCAUAAAAUAUUGUCAUAGGGCACCUUUUUGUUGAUGAUGAUGGGCACAUAUGCUGCACUGCCAAUGGCAAUUAAAUUUGCGUAUAUAUUUGAUGGUUGUUGAGACAGUUUUAGAUACAUCCUCCCAUGUACUGUGAUCUUCACGAGCACUCCUGUUUCCCUUUGUAUCUUCUCUGCAAAUCUUAUCUGUUUUUUUUUCUUUUUUAAACUGGGGUAGUCUUUCUUGAAAGGUGUUUAUACAUAGAAUUUGAGUAGUUGUUUGACAAAGAAGAAAAAGGAAAUGGAGGAUAAGAGACAAGUUGAUUCUUCUUCCUCAUUUACUGCUGAUCUUUUUGGCUCCAAGGAACCAUCAUCAUCAUCAUCACCAUCAAAAGGGAUUUUUAGUUCCAUUUUUCCUCCUCCAUCCAUGGUGGCAGGGAGGAACGCCUCGGGCUCUAAGGUUUUAGAAUCUUGGCCAAAACAGCCAGAAGGUUCAGCUUGGAGACAUGGAAUGCAAGCUCCACUUGCCGGGGGUGCAACCUAUAACAUACCAAACAAGGAGAGGAACUCUGUUUUUCAGGAAGAAAGGGUGGAACCAUGCCAUUUAAGUUCAUCCCUUUACUAUGGUGGCCAAGACAUAUAUUCCCAUUCCUCGAGUAGCCAAACUUCUACAUCAUAUCCUAUUUUUAAGAAAGAUGGAGGAGAAGAUGACCCAAAUGGAAACAAUUCACAGGAUGCUUCUAGAGGUAAUUGGUGGCAAGGUUCGCUUUAUUAUUAGAGCCUAGCCUUCCAAUGCAUAUGAAUUCUCCAUCAGUUUUCCAAGGAAUUCAUAAAGCAAGCAAAUAAUCAUGGAAGACAUGAAUUAUAAACAAAUUUGUGACAUGGACAAAGCCUACUUUGGAUUCUGUAAUAUGAUAUAUUUUUCAUGAUUUUAUCUGGAAAUGAAGGUUGAGAAGUCCUCCACUACAUCAUAUACUCUGCUCUUGGACAAGUUUUCUUUGGCUGAGGAGAGUGGAAUAUGUUUAGAUGUUCUCACUCCCCCCUGAUGUGUGAAAGGGCUGACAAAUGAUAGAUAAUUUAGGCUUUCCUUUUUAAAUGUCAUUAUCGAUGCUUGAGAUUCUGUAUCGAAAAUGCCAUGUCUUUGCUAUGUAUGAAAGUUGCACAACAAAAGUUAAAAUACAAGCAAUAUCCUUUUCCACUAUCAUACAUAAGGAUUCCCCUUUCAAGGAUUAAAAAAAAUUAAAAGCAAGAUAAGUGCAGUGUAAAUAGAAUAUCAACAGAACUUCC